UAGAAGAGAUGAUGCUAGAUUUCUCUCUGUCUAAUCUGGACGAUCUUCAUACAGCCAUGGGCAAGCGCGGAGAACAAGUCAAAGAUUAUUUGAAAAAAGCUGCUUGUGCCAAGACACAACUGGAUGAAUUAACCCGAUAUUUCUCAUGUGGCGUCGAUGCGCCCAAAGACGAAAUAGAUAACACCAAAUGUAUGAUUAAAGACUACCAAAAUAGGAUCACGUCUAUGAAAUCAGAGUAUGAGUGGGAACACGACAAAUCUAUAGUCAUGGAUAGACAAUGGCAGAAGGUUGGAGAAUUCAUGGGUAAAUACGUAGAGGAAAAUCAAAGUUUAUUUCCUGGUCUAAAGUACGAUCAGAAGAAGCCGUCACUACCAGGCGACCCGGAUUUACUACUCUAUCAUGCUUUCAGAUAUAUUCAAUUGUUGAAAAGGGAUUUGGGCGAAGCAGUAGCUGGCAUGACCGACCGUAUUAAUAGAGGAUUAGAAACUUUGCCGCAAGGCGAUAAUAUCAACAAAGCCAGAGAAGCAGUCAUUGAUGCAUCUGUUAAAAAAAGACUACUAGACAUGGAUAAGGAAUUUAAGAAACGGUAUGAUGAUCAACGCUGUGCUAACGAAAAGAUGUUAAAAGACGCGAUGAAGAAACAAACUGAGAGACAUGAAGAAACUUUACAAAUAAGAAUGCAGCAGAAAGAGAAAGAGGCGACAGAGAAACUGAACAAAUUGGUAGAGGAGAAAGUGGCAUCUGAGAAGAAACAGUUUGCGAAUCAAUUGGCCGAGACGGCAACGAAGUUGAAAGUAGUCGAGGAUAAAUUGAACGCCCGUCUAAAGGCCGAGCGUGAGACGAAAAGAUCGCAAGAGUUGUGGACUGCAGGAGCCGCUCUCUUGGCCGCUACAAAGAAGGGAGAACAGUACGUUAAAGUGGAUAAAGAACUAAAGGCUAUAGAAAAGGCAUCUGGUGAUGAUGAUAAACUCGUACUGAGCGUGCUGAAGGCCAUACCAGAUUCAGUUAGAGAGAAAGGAGUGGUGCCGGAGAGUGUAUUACGGCAAAAGUAUCAUGUGAUGGAGAGGACCGCAUUGAAGGUGGCGUUGGUAGAGCAAGAAGGUGGAACUUUGCCAGUCUAUAUGCUUUCCUGGCUACAGUCGGCUCUGCUUUUUAUGAAGAUACCAGGAAUUCCGCAACAAGAGUACGAUAAAAUUCCUGAAGUCCCACCUAAAGAUUUAGAUACCUUUGAUUUAUUACAACGGGCUAGGUUUUGGAUUGACCGCGGUAACCUAGCAGCAGCCGUGCGUUACGUGAGUUCUUUAGAAGGCGCUUCGAGGGCAGCAGCUGCUAAAUGGCAAGAGGCGGCACGGUCACACCUUGAGACGAGGCAGGCGGCCGAGGCAGUCCUCGCUCAUGCUGCUGCACUAGGUCUACAGUAUAUUUAGAUGGAUUCCGUAAAUUUUCUACAAGAAGAAAUUGUGGUCGUUGCUAUAGUUUUAAUUUACACAAUGUAAAUACUCAUAAUUGACAACUUUUGUAACAGUUAUGAUUUAUAUAAAAUUG